GCAUCCCCAGCCCUGGUCCCACCAGUCAGUCCUCACCAUGCUCUCCCAGCACCAGGACUGAUCUUCAAGGGGAACUUACCUAACGUUCAUGUCUGUUGCUCCUUUUGCUCCUCUACCUCACCCACUGCUAUCAGUCUGUCCGUCUGUCCGCUCUUAAAGCCCUGCGUCGCCCCUCGCUCCUAGACGGGAGCAAAACAUGGAGCACCACUGUGCUSUCUUGACAAGGAAGCGACCACAGCACCCAGCGAUGUUGCUGUACCCCUCUACCUGCAUGGCCCUCCUCUCUCUGCUACUCUCUCCUGCCCUCGGCCAGUUAGAUCUCAACAGGUUAGAUGGGGACACGGCUGUCUGCCCUCCCAUGAGAAAUGGACAAGAUGACCUUCCAGGGUUUGAUCUGAUCACCCAGUUCCAGCUGGAUGUUAUUCCUCUGAAGGGGGUGAGGAAGGUGGAGGGCUCCACUCCUCUCCAGGUGGCAUAUCGCCUCGAUAGGGAGGCCAACUUCCAGAUCCCUACCAGGCUCAAUUUCCCCUGGGGUUUCCCUGACGAGUACUCUGUCAUGGUCACAUUCCGUAUGAUCAAGAACACGGUGAACAAGGUGUGGAACGUGUGGCAGGUGGUGGAUGAAGACGGCCGGAAGCAGGCAGGGCUCAGGCUGAAUGGAGACCAGCAGGCCUUGGAGUACUUCCUGAUGGGCCAGGAUGGCAACCUGCAGACCGUCACCUUCCCAGGGCUCUCUGUGUUGUUCAACACCAAGUGGCACAAGGUGAUGAUUGGGGUGGAGAGAGACCAGGUCACCCUGUAUGUGGACUGUCAGCCCGUGGACAAGAAGCCCAUCAAGGGGAAAGGCCCCGUCAACACAGAGGGAGAUACGCUUAUUGGGAGGCUGGAUACUGACGCUGAUGCUUCUGUUGUGUUUGAACUUCAGUGGAUGUUGAUCCAUUGUGACCCGAAGAGAGCCAAUAGAGAGAACUGCCAGGAGUUGCCUAUCACAGAGAUGUAUGCCAAUGCUGAGCCUGACCCCAAGCCUAUCCCUGGCCCUCCCGGUCCCACCGGCCCUGAGGGGCCCCGGGGGCCACAUGGAGAGGACGGCAGGGACGGUAGAGAUGGCCUUCCAGGUUCACCUGGCAGUGCUGGCACUUCUGGGGCCAAAGGGGACCAGGGGGAGAUUGGCCUUCCUGGACAUAGAGGCAUGCCUGGUCUACCAGGAGCUGCUGGAAUACCUGGUUCAAUGGGCCCAAGAGGACCUGUGGGUGAGAGAGGACUUCAAGGUUUUCCUGGGCCAGCAGGCUCUCCCGGACCUGCGACAGCUGGACCUCCCGGCCCACCUGGGAAAGCAGGAACUCCAGGAGACGAGGGGAACAUUGGGCCUGAGGGUGCCCCUGGGCCUAGAGGGGGUCUGGGUCUCCCUGGUCCCCCUGGUCUACCAGGACCACCUGGACCUGUGGGACCACCUGGGGCUGGCAAAGCUGAAGGGAGUGGGGAAGAUUGCCCUGCUGCCUGUCCAGCUGGACCACAGGGAAGCCCAGGGCUACCAGGGAUAAAGGGGCACAAUGGAUUACCAGGUGAUGAUGGAGCUGCAGGGGAAGCUGGACAAAAGGGUGAGCCAGGACCAUCUGGGGUGCAGGGCCUACCAGGCAAGAUGGGAGAUGAUGGACAAAGAGGUCCAAUUGGUUUUCCUGGUACUCUUGGAGAGAAAGGAGACAGGGGUCCCCCUGGUUUCAACGGUAUCCCAGGACCCACUGGACCACCGGGAUCUCCUGGUGUGGAGGGCAGUCGUGGACGUCAGGGUCUGGAGGGAGAAAAAGGGGAUGAUGGAGCGAUGGGUCCUCAAGGAGAUCAGGGUCCUGUUGGUGCAAAGGGAGACACUGGUACUCCUGGGGAAGACGGCAUGAAUGGACUCCCUGGAGUGGAUGGAGCUAAAGGAGAGGCUGGCGUUCCCGGGACUGUUGGAGUCAGGGGUAAAGUUGGAAUUCCAGGGUUUCCAGGAAUGCAGGGGCUAGUUGGAGCUGGAGGUGCCAAGGGUGAUACAGGAGAUGAAGGACCAGUAGGACCAAUCGGAGUUCCUGGGAAGACAGGGACAACUGGACCAUCAGGACAAGAUGGACAACCAGGAGCCAAGGGAGCUUCUGGUGAGACAGGAAAGCAGGGACCAGUGGGGGUCACAGGUGAUACAGGCAUCCAGGGUGACAAAGGGGACAAAGGUGACACUGGUGAAAAAGGACUGAAAGGUCACACUGGAUAUAAGGGAGACCAGGGUCCUAUUGGUCCCGUUGGCCCAAAGGGAAGUGAAGGUGAUCCAGGUCUUACAGGAGAUUCUGGAGUCAAGGGAGACCAGGGUCCUCCUGGUGUUCCUGGACUCAAAGGACAGGUUGGAGAGAAGGGCAUGAAGGGAUAUACCGGGGAAGAUGGUAGACCAGGGCAGCCAGGUCAUGAAGGUUUGACCGGUCCCCAGGGAACCAAUGGACUGGAGGGAGAGAGAGGGUUAACUGGAUCACCUGGGCCUAGGGGCCUACCUGGUCCUAAAGUGAAUGAUAUUAAACUUCGAGAACUAUGCUCAGCAAUUGUUGAAGAACACUUGGCAGAGUUUAAGAAGGAGGUCCUGAAGAAACCAGCAGCGAUCGGGGCCCCUGGAUUGGCAGGACUGCCGGGCCCUCCAGGUCCCCCGGGGCCAGCAGGGACUGUAGGAGAGGCCGGCCCCAGAGGACUGAUGGGAAUGAAGGGACCACAUGGAUACUUUGGGUUACCAGGUACACCUGGAAAACAAGGUGACACUGGUGUAAAGGGGGAUACAGGACAUAAGGGACAAAAUGGAGUUGGAAUCCCAGGAAGUCCAGGCGAACCAGGCCCACAAGGUGUGGCUGGCAGCCCUGGCAUCGGGAAGGARGGUAAAGAUGGAGCUCCCGGUAAAGACGGUGUUAAUGGUAGCCCAGGUGCCUCUGGUACCAGGGGAGCUACAGGAGCCCCAGGCUAUUGUGACCCCUCAAACUGUAUAGGCAGGCCCCCACCUCUCUACAUGAUGCAUGGGGGGAAGAAAUCCUCCAGCUACAGGAAGGGGCCGUGAGGAACACAAACAGGAGCUCAGAACACAUUCCGGAACACAUURCAUCUCUAGCAGCAGCAAUAGAGACAUGAGGUACCCAGUUCAGGAGGGGUAAUACAUGGGAGUCUUUACGUCUCCAUCAUCGCACCACAGAACCAAAGAAAAACACAACAGGAAACAGAGACAUGGCAAAUGUAAUUUAGAAUACUGUAUAGAUAUUUUUCAAACUUUUCAUCUUUUUGACUGAUGCAUCGUUUUUUUGUAGAGAGAGCUGAUCUGACGUUGUGCUUUCUAAGACAGCUGCUAUUGAUUUUAWGCUAGCCUUUCAGCUGGCAAGUGGCCCAUCAUGGCKCAAGAGCUGCCCCAAAGACCAAUACAAACUAGACAAACUUAUAAAAUGACCAUAUUGUUCAAUAUUGUUGCUUACUCUCUCACUCAACAGACAUACUGUAUGUUGGGCAGACAAACAGGGCACUAUGUUGGUUUUCAAGUAAUACAAAGGUAAAUACUUGGCCUUUUUCUUCUAUGCAUGUACUGUUUAAUUCCUUGUUUAAAUAAAGUCAUCAAAAACYUCCUCUCCAGCACAAUGUACAGUACGAAGCUCAGCCUUUCACAAAUAACAAAACUGCAAACCCUGCUUUGGAAUCAUUCAUUUUCAAUGUUAAUCAAUAAACAAUGACAGAAAAAGUCUACUACCGUCACGAGCUAUAAACCGAUAUUGGUAGUUCAUGUUUUCAUGCAGUCACUUGAUCAUAGGAUAAUCUAUGUUAUACAGUAUACGUUUUUCCCUGUUUUGUUUUCUAACAAUGUAAUAAACUGAUUCGUCUGGGAAAUAUUUCAUGUUA